AAAAAGUAUUAGAAAAUGAAUUUGUAUCAAAAUUCUGAUUUCUGAUUUUCAAUUAAAUUUAAAAUCAAAUGGGCGUAAUUACAAAAUGUGAAUUACAAGAUUUUCAAUGAUAUGAGAAUCAAAAAUACAUAAAUAUCGAAUAACAUAUUACCGCGAUUUUACUUAAAAUUAUAUGAUAACUAUAAGCUUUUAAAAGGCAUUGAAUAACGGAGUCUCUCAUAGCUUCUACGAUGAAGAACUUUUAAAAGAGAAUGCAAGCUAUGGCAACAAAAGAGAUUAUCAAUAAACUGUUUUAUUAAAUAUUUAUAGCGUGUGUCAUUUGUGGUAAGUUGAUGGGUAUUGUGAAAAAAAAAGUUAGAAUAUUUCUGUUAAAUAAUUUUAAAAAUAAUUCCAAGACAUAUUUUACGUAAAGGAAGAUUUUCCAAAUUUUUGAAAUAAAAUGGCUUUAUCAAAAGUUGAGCUUGCUGCGAUGUUGGAAUGCAAGAUUUGUUUAGACACCUAUCAUCAGCCUAAACAAUUAAACUGCGGACACACUUAUUGCCAAGAUUGUCUAGAUGAUAUUUUAGUGUUUAUGGAAGAUGGGAGUGCUGAACUGUCUUGUCCAGUGAGGUGUACUGAAAAGACAAUAAUUACUCAGGAACAAACAACAUCCUCGUUAGUAAAGGUGUUCACAUUAACUGGCAUUUUGGACAAAGUUUCACCUGGUAAAAAUGUUAAAUCUUUAUGUAAGCAAAGUAAAAAAUGUAUGCAGAUAAUCAGCUAUUCCUGUACAACAUGCAGUUUAAAGAUCUGUGAAAAAUGUCAAAAUCUUCAUUCUUGUUCCAACAAAUCAUAUAUCAAUGUCAUUUUCAAUCAAAAACUGCAAGAACUCCAACCAUUGUGUAAGCAACAUGACUCGCUUGCAAAAUUUGUCUGUAUUGAUUGUGAAAAUUUGUUAACAUGUGUAUAUUGCACACACAGACAACAUAAGAAUCACAGAAUAAAAACAAUUGAUGAUUUUGGACUGGAAGCCAAAAAGUGGUUCCAAGCGUUUAUCAGCUCAUUCGAUGAAACAAAAGUGGUGUUGGAAAAGUUAACAAGGAAAUACAGUGACGCUCUAACAAAUUUAGAAAAAGAAAGGGAAGUAUUUGUUCAAAAAUUAAAAAAAAGAAAGUUAAUACGACUAGAAGAAUAUCUCAAAAUGUUAAAUAAAGAAGAAGAAGAUCUAUUGCGGAUAUUCGAUGAGAAAUCUGAAGAAUUUAAAGCAAAAUUGACUUGUGAUGGUUUUGUCGACAACAAGAAAGUACAAGAUUUUACAGAUUACGUUCAAGCUUUUAAUUUAAAAUCUAAUUUUGAGUUAGUUACUGAAAAGUUGGAAAUUGAACGACAACUUCGCAGGCUAUCCUCGUUUCCAAGAACUAUCCCAACAUUCAAUUCACACCUUCAUCAAAUGAACAAAGCGGAUAUCUCGUCAAAUCCGUUGGGCAAAAUGAAAAUUUCAAUUGAUGACGUCACCGCUGUUGAAGUAGACCCCAAUGAAUGUUCUGUUUAUAGAAACUUGAUUGAUGAAGUUGAAACUCAACGCAACUAUUCACAAUUAACAACUGAUCUAAUGAACUUAGUUGAAAGUCUGAAAAAGUACGAGAAACCAAAUGUAAAUCCUCGUUCUGAAAAACAGCAACAGAAUGAUUUAAAGCCAAAAGGUUUCCAGCAUGUUAAGAAGAGUUACUCUUUCGAAGAACUUGUAAAAAUCAUUGCAAAUAGUGAUGUCAAGACAUUUCAAACAAUUCUUAUUGAUCAUCCAAGUAUCGUUAAAAUGAGAGGUUUUAGUUAUGACAGAACACUGUUGAUGGAAGCAGCACGUUACAAUAAACCAUCAAUAGUGAAAUGUUUGAUUGAUGCUGGUAGCGAUGUGAAUGCUGUGGAUAAAAUUAAAUCGAAUGCAUAUCACUACAGUGCAUGUAAUGGUCGUCAUGAUGUUUUGAAAGUUUUAAUUAAUCAUGACGUCACAAACAUUAACAAUUUAAACGGUUACAAUUACACCCCAUUACAUCUUGCAUCUCGUGCAUCUUUUCAUGGUCAUAUUGAUUGUGUGAAGUUGUUGUUGUCUAUACCACACAUCGAUGUCAAUAUACGAGACAAUUCGAACAGAACUGCUUAUGAUGUUGCUCGUAAUAACUCUAUCAAACGUUUAUUACAAGAACAUUAGAGAAAUUAAGAAAAUUUUCAGACAAUUAUAAUUUUUAAUUUACCUAAGCAAAUUAUUAAAAGCACAUAUCGUCUUUUUUAUUAGAACUAUAGGUUAUAGUAGAAUAGGUUUCUUAUUUAUUUCAUAAAUUUACGUUCACAAAUUUUAAAAUGUGACUUCUUAAGAGGAAGAAGAUAUAAUUUAUCAAAUACAAAAAUUUUAGCUGGGAUGUGUCAUCUUUACUAACAGUGGUGAGUAAGACACCUCAGUAGUUUGACAAAAAGAACGGAUUGCGGUUUGUAUCAGAAUAAACCCUUAGAAAAAACAUUUCAAACAGAAUUUAUUUUAAGAAACACCACUGGCUCUUUCUGGACUUAUCGUCAAAUCUUUUUUUUUAAUCAAGAACGUAAAAAGCACCACACAAGUUUUCUUGACAUGUAUAUAUCGGAAUUAUAUGACACUAGUCACUUUGCAUUACCUCGUUUAUCAAUUCCACGGAUAAAGUAUAUAGAACCUCAGACGUUGUUGACCCCAAAUGACAAUUAUCUUGUAUCAAUACGAAAAAUCGCAAA